AUAUUUUUUAAAGUCUCUCAAACCAAUUUCUCUGCAUUUUUUUGUAACCGCCACAGCGUAAAAAGGCUGUUAUAAAACUAAGCCCUUUAUCUCGGCUUAUUUGAAGCUCAAGGUGCUGCUAAGCUCUCGGGGCAUUUUUCUUGUUAUAUCUCCGCACACCGUAACGCAUGCUGCUUGAAAAACAGUACAGGUGGUUAAAACAAAACCGCAUUUUUGCUCGGUUUUACGCGCGAUUUGGUGUACAGCAAAAAACAGUUGGCAGAUUUAAGACAUACUUAGCAGCUUACGUAAGUUGAAAUUCUAUUUGCAUUUAAUGAUUUAAACUCAGGAAUAAUAUAGCUCGAUCUGGUAGGUAAACAGUCAUUAACCCGCCGUAAUAAUGCGUUUGCUCGCUUGACUGGACUACAAUAAAAGUUUAUGCGGUAGAGGGAACUGCCAACACCAGCGCGUUAUAAUAACCACUUGAGAGGAACGUUUCUCUGCGGUGAGAGAAGUAUUUGGGCAAAUCUAAUUUGACAGAGCCAGUUUUAGGGAUAGUUGAAAAUUAGUGAAACCGCUUUGAAGUUAUAAAACACGCUUUGGUUAUACUGUAGAUGUAAAGGUCAGAGCGUGUGCAGUAUAUUACAGAGGCAUGGUUUAAAUGUAGUGCUAAGGAGUUAUUUAAAAAUGUUUUAAAGGUAUAUUGUAUUGAGACGUAAUAUCCAGAACAAAUGGUAUGGUAGGAGAAGAUGGAAGACUUUUUCAUUCAAUUUUCUUGUCCCAUUUGGUAGUUAACAAAGACCAUUCAAAUAGUUGUGCAACCGUAUUCUCGCCACUCUCAUAUAAGACUGUUUAAAACACAAACAUAAUAUUUGGAUAUUAUAUGCUAAAGGUGUCCCACCUUACCCCAUAGUCUUAUAUAUAGCUUCUAGCAGGUUUUGGUUAGUUACUGUAACAUAGACCCUGCGUUGAAAAGAAUUAGUGGGCGUAUAGGAAUGUUUUCAUUCAUUACCUAAUCUGCGGUUUAGUAUGUGAAAAGGCAAUUACCAACGCUAUUGUAUACCUGCCUAUUAAUAUACGUUUAAUGUUAGUAUACGUUUAUAAUGUGUUGUGCGAAACUUUAUUCGAAGUGCACUUAACCCUAUAUAUCGCAAAUGCGUCACGCAAAACAUGCAUACGUCACAUAUGUUGUUUUGAAUGCGGUAAAGCGGCCUUUUAGUUCCCUUUCCGAAGUAGAGGAACAAGACCAAUCUGUUUAAGGCGGUUUAAACUGGUUUAAGUAAAGGCCUUAAGUUGGUGUUUUUUUUACAGUUAUAAGGCUAGCAAUAACAGUGUAUACUUAAAAACGUAACUUUUAAGAGUAUCAAAAAUUGGAGAUUUUGUAAGUACCUGUACCCGGAAAUAUAGCUGAAAUGGCUGUAAGCUCUUACGUGGGAAGGAAAGAAAUGAGAAUUCCUUCAAAAGGAUUACUGGCCCGCUCUCUCGAGCAACAGAAUAGAAAACAAAAUGAAAACGAGACGGUGUUCAAAUUUUCCGGCCGCUAUGACAAUGUGGAAACGAACUGCGAGCAAUCUGCGCCAAGAAACUACAAACUUCAACCCAAAGUACCCGUCAGUGAAUGCAAAAGUAUCCCCGAUGAUGUAUUUGGGGACAGUGGUCGAUUUUCCAGCAUUGGGCUUGAGAUUAAUAAAGUUAAAUCGCUGUACCCCACACAGAAUGGUUUCUGUAGAACAAAAGAACUGCCAAACCAACACGUACAAGCUAACAGCAUUGCCGAAGCUAGACACAACAGCCCAUUCCGUUCACGAAACAGCUCCGUAGAAAAACCAAGUUUGAACUGUAUAAAUGAGGAGACGGAUCAGCAGCCUUCAUUUAACUCGACACAGCAGCUUCGAUCCGGAUUUUUCCGGUCUAUUAAGAAGCAGUACCCUUCACUUGCUCUGGACGGAUUAAUGGCUUCAGAAAGUAAUGACAGUGGACAAGGUGACAGUAUAACCAGCGACGAUGGCAUGUCAAGAGAAAUGUCGUUUAAGGGUACCAGUCCGGAACGUCCAAAACACAGCACCCCCAGCAGCCGUAAGUCAUCCGGAGAUGAAGAUAAAUUGUUCAUGAGCAGCAUGGCGAGGAGGAGACUGCAAGAGCUCCGAGAAAUCGAUCCUACAAAGGUUGAUGUUUCCACCGGACUACAAUGGAUACGUCUAGAACUUCACGAGAUGCGAGAGCAAGAUAAAGCUCUUUUCCUACAACUCAUCAAGUUACAUUCAACAAUUAAAGACUUACGAAGUGAAUUAAACUGUGUUGGGUGUGAGACCGACUGGUCGUACGACGACCUGAACGAUGCAGCCUCACUGUGGUGUAAGUUAUAUGCGCUUUUUUGUGUAAUAUAUAUGUACGAGGUCUUACAUAACUAGACACGACUUCGAGUUCAA